AUGGCCAGGUGCCUUAACUUCUAACAAAAAUGCACACUUCCUCGUGAGUGGGUUUCUAGUCCAUCAUAUGUCACAUUCGGCCUCCGCAAUAGCUCCAAAAAUACUGCAGUUCAAAAUUAUAAAAAAAAAAAAAAGGCGCAUGGCUCCUAUUGUCUUAAAGUGAAAUGACAUAAAGGUUUAUGGUUGGGUUCCUAAAGCUAGAGGAAUUGGAAUUAUCUUGGGUCAAUGUUAUCACAAUAUGGCACAUUUCAAUAACACCUUCCUGUGUUGAGAAAUUGACAAAAUUGAUCAUUGAGGGCUGUGAUAAAUUGGAAUACUUAUUCUCAUCUUCUAUGGCUAAAGGUCUAGUUAUGCUUGGACACCUUGAAAUAAGGGAAUGCGAGAGAAUGAUAAAGGUUAUUCAUACAGAGAAUGAUGAUGAAAGGGGGAAUUUGAGGUUCCCUAAGUUGAACUUCUUAAUGAUAAAAGGUCUUCAAAACAUUAUCUCAUUCUGCUCAGGAAAUUAUGUCCUUGAAUUCACAUCACUGAAGCAACUUCAGAUAUUGAACUGCCCAAAUUUAAAGGCUAUGAGUAAAGAUGUAGCAGCUGAGACACAGAUGCUCUUCAAUGAACAGGUAAAAUUUCUUUAUUUCACUUUCAAUUUGACUCUAACUUAGGAACUAAUUGUCUUUAUCUUUUUACUCUUAAUUGCUUAUUGCAUUUUGUAAGUUUCUUUUCCCAACUUAGAAGGCAUGACUAUCCCAGUUGAAGGACAAUUAGAGACCAUAUGCACAGUGCAUACUUAAAUAAUUAAUAGUUAUAAUG